CAUACGAUUUAGUUCAACUUUCGGUUUCGUUGUAACGAAUACUGUUUAAAGCACAAGCAUGUUAAAACAUCUAUUGCAAGAAUCGAUCAUGAAAAUGAAAAGAUUUGGGGUUACAUACAAUCGUCCCAUUCCAAUUCCAAGCAAAUUCUAAGUAGAUGUUAGUAUAGUAUCCAAAACCGGCCAUUUCUUAGCAUGUUGCUUCUCUUUUUUGUUGCUAGAAAAUGAGUGGGGCUUUCCAUUGACAUCAUUGGACAUUGAUGGAGAGGUGAAUUCUAGCUGGGCAACACCGACGUAGCAUGUCCGGCCUCAACAGCCUGUUCACAUUUACAAGCCCAGCAGUGAAGAAGCUGCUGGGCUGGAAACAGGGUGAUGAGGAGGAAAAGUGGGCAGAAAAAGCAGUGGAUGCACUUGUCAAGAAGCUGAAGAAGACCAAGGGUGCCUUGGAAGAUCUGGAGAAUGCACUCAGCUGUCCAGGCCAACGUACAAAGUGUGUCACCAUUCCACGCAGCCUGGACGGCCGCCUUCAGGUCUCGCACCGCAAGGGCCUGCCGCACGUCAUCUACUGCCGCGUGUGGCGCUGGCCAGAUCUCCAGUCGCACCACGAGCUCAAACCCGUCGAGGACUGCGACUACCCCUUCUCUGCCAAGCAGAAAGAUGUCUGCAUCAAUCCGUACCACUACAAGCGAGUGGAAAGUCCAGUGCUGCCGCCGGUGCUGGUGCCGCGCCACAACGAGUUCGCGCCGGGCCACUCUCUGCUGCACUUCCAGCCGCCGUCGCAGCUGCAGGAGCCCUCCAUGCCGCACAACGUCAGCUUCGGCGCCGGCGGGCCGACCGGCGGCGGCGUCGGCUUCGGGCCCGGGCCGGGCUCGGCGUCUCCGCCGCACGGCGCGCCCUCGCCGCUGUCGUCCAUCUCCUCUGUGGCCUCGCCGGGCUCUGUGAGCUCGGGCGGGCCGCAGUCGCCGCCGUACACGGCGCCCGCCGGCACGCCGCCGCCGGCCUACACACAGCUGGACGAGAACGGGGCCGGCGCGGACGGCGCCUCCAGUCGCAUGGACACAUCCUCGGCGCCGCCGCCGCCGAUGGCGGAUACGUCUGACAUGCAGGCCAUCACAUUCCAGGAGCCCAAGUUUUGGUCCAGCAUCGCCUACUACGAGCUCAACAACCGCGUGGGCGAGGUAUUCCACUCCUCCGUGACUUCAGUCAUCGUCGACGGCUUCACCGACCCCAACAACAAGUCGGACCGCUUCUGCCUGGGUCAGCUGUCCAACGUUAACCGCAACUCGACCAUCGAGAGCACCCGCAAACACAUCGGAAAAGGUGUGCACCUGUACUACGUGGGCGGCGAGGUGUACGCCGAGUGUCUCUCGGACUCGGCCGUGUUCGUGCAGUCGCGCAACUGCAACCACCACCACGGCUUCCACCCCUCCACAGUCUGUAAAAUACCGGCCGGCUGCAGCCUCAAGAUCUUCAACAACCAGGAGUUCGCGCAGCUGCUCUCACAGAGCGUCAACCACGGCUACGAGGCCAUCUUUGAGCUCACCAAAAUGUGCACCAUCAGGAUGUCGUUCGUGAAGGGCUGGGGCGCCGAGUACCACCGUCAGGACGUCACCUCGACACCCUGCUGGAUCGAGAUCCACCUGCACGGCCCGCUGCAGUGGCUGGACAAGGUGCUUACACAGAUGGGAUCGCCGCACAACGCCAUCUCGAGCGUGUCGUGAGUGCCGGCCGACCUUUCGUAAUCGGCGGACUACCUGCCGAGUGACGGCCCGCUGCGGUACGGCAAGAGGACAAUCUGACUGCAUGAGAGGGCGGAGAGAAAACAGCCGCCCAUGCAGAUUCAGCGGCGACGCCGGAGAGGUCGGGGAACAAGUGACAAAGCUGAUGCCAUAUUAGACGUAAGGAGCCGGGCGGACCGGGUGUGCGGAGGUCGUACCCGGGUCUGAGGGUGACGCGCCGGCCCAGCCAACUGAGCGGGUCAAGUGCCAGAGGACACUGUUUUCGCUUUGUACCACCGUGUCGUGACCGGGAAUCCGUCAGAGCCGGAGCCUUUGUGUAAAUCUCUUCCCUGUGCCUGAUGUGACACGAUGGUUUCGCCUGGCCGGAGUGAAGGGCAGAGGUACGGUCGCUCAGGCGCCAGUGCGGCUGGCGGUGUUGGUCCCUGCCGGCGGGCUGUCUGCACCGCCUCAGCAUAAUAUCCCGGCAGGCCGGCCGGUUCGAGAGAGGCCAACAGAGACAAUCAUGAUAGGUCCAAACGUAGUUGCUCGUAGCGAUUCAUUGAAGGCUGGCAGGUUUCUGCGGCCAAGCGCUAGCGUGGUUAAGUUUUUACUUUUCUGCAUGAGACGCUAUUAGCAGGGGUGCUUUCAACCGAUCGUCCGAUCACGCUGUACAAUGUUUUGCAUCUGAUGCUCGUGCCUGAGGGGUUUGAUCCAUCUAAGACGGCGUUUUGAGAUAUUUUCGCGGCUGUCCUUGCGUGUUAUCAUAUUUCAUCAAUACACCUGUCGGCGCUUUGACAAAUAAU